GACAAGCUUUUAGAUCAGUCUAGUGUUACACAUCUGUUUCCGAUCACCAAGUACAUUGGAUUGGUUGCUACUGGCAUUACAGCUGAUGCAAGGUCUUUGGUCCAACAAGCAAGGAAUGAAGCAGCUGAAUUUCGCUUCACUUAUGGAUACGAGAUGCCUGUCGACAUUCUCGCUAAAUGGAUCGCAGACAAGUCACAGGUCUACACUCAACAUGCUUACAUGAGACCCCUUGGAGUUGUUGCUAUGGUAUUGGGCGUUGAUGAAGAGAAUGGUCCCUUACUUUACAAAUGUGACCCAGCUGGACAUUUUUACGGUCACAAGGCAACUAGUGCUGGUAUGAAGGAACAAGAAGCAGUCAAUUUCUUGGAGAAGAAAAUGAAAGAAAACCCAGCUUUCACAUUUAAUGAAACCGUGCAGACUGCCAUAUCCGCUUUGCAAUCUGUUCUUCAAGAAGACUUCAAGGCUACUGAGAUUGAGGUUGGAGUGGUGAGAGCUGAGAAUCCGCUAUUCCGUGCAUUGACAACAGAGGAGAUUGAUGAGCAUUUGACAGCCAUUAGUGAACGAGACUGAUGGAGUUAGUGAAACAAGCACUGAGUUACUUUAAGUUGCUUUGCUUUCUCAGAUAUUCAGCUGAGUGAUCACUCUCUAUCGAUCUUUCGUUUGGUUGUCCUUCCCUAUUUUAAUUCACUUAGUCAACCCAGCAAACUUCGAAAAAAAAAAAAAAAGCAGUGUAAGGUUUGUCACUUGUCAGAGCAUCCGAGUCUUUUGACUCUUCAGAAAUGAUGCCAAGCAAACUUUUUUCAGUUUUAUUGUAAUGACCUUUUUUACAGAAUGAUUUAGAUCUGAGACCUUUGUUUGUGUUCAAGUCA